CCUUGAUCGACACAUUGAUCCUCAUAAUAUUUUGCCAGACGACACGCCCAGCAUCAAUAUUCAGGCCCAAGUGCCUGAUCAUCUGCUCAUUCAACGCGCCGUCAUGAAGGCAUGAACAUGCACGAUACCCACCCUCUGAGAUGCCCACAGGACCGUCGCUGUGCCCCACGGCGAUGCCACGAGCAUGCAGCGUGCGCAUGCUAUGCUCUUUCGAGAUCGUAUCCAUGUCCCGCCGCCGUGAUAGCAUCGCGCUGAAUGUUGGGCUUUGCGGCAAUGCCCCAGCCAUCGCUUCGUCACUUCUAAUGAAUGCCUCGCGUCAGCCUCCGCGCUUCGGCAACAUGAUCUCGAUGCUCUUCCAUAUCUUGCGCGGCUUCGGCCCGCCCGAAAGCACCGUGCUCGAGAGCUUGGACGGAACGUUGUUGAUGCUGCGCGACGCGCGGUGGUCGGAGCCCGCUGAGGUGUUCUCAUACUUGGAUGCGAGUGCUCGCGGAUGUCGAGCAAGAUUGAAGCGGCGGGUGAGGAGGCUCCAGGACGGGGCCAUCCUUUUCGGUCCAUGGCGGAAGGCCUGCAAGUUCGAGGGUGACGGCGCCCUUCACCUGCUACAGAGACUAAGCAUGAGUACUUCCUGCUCGCCGGAAAUCUGUGUUGUACGGGAAAUGGGCACGUUACUCGAAGAGCAACGUCUUUAGCACUGCGAUUUUGGACGCCACGGCGCGCUUCUCGAUUGCUAUCGCACUGCUCUCAUGAUUUUUUCCUUAGCUUCUCUCUGCAACUAUGUAGGGCGACGGAUCCUCAAAUAUGGUCGUUUCUGCAAUCUUCAACACCUGUGC